CGCUUGAGAAAAAAAUCUGCGACUGCUGCAGCGUCGACGAUUUUGAUGACGAAGACAUAUUUAUUACGAGCCUGCUUUUGAGGAGUCGUGGCUUCAAAUGUUGACAUCAGUAAUGAUCCAGGACCGCCGCGCCCGGCUUCAUGGUGGCCCUAUAUCACAUAGGUACGCCAGAAGUGCAGCUGGCAGGUCUAGUUUUAGGAGUUCGCCGUACUUUGAUUUGUGGCGAGAAACGUCGACAGACAUCAGCAUCACAAGAAUUAUAUCAAUGUCUUGGAGAACGAGAAGUUGAAGUUGUAGGGGAGGCCCGCCCCGGGAGCGGAGGUAGUUCGUGCGGCGUUGAUAUUAACCGCCGGCAGUGCAAGAGCCGGUUCUUGUCCUCGGUACGUCCUUUGUGGUCCUCUACUACAUUUCCAUUGCGGCUCGCGGAGGAAGAACUACUAGGGUAAUGAAGCAGUAACUUGUAGUCCGCUCGCCUGCCGGGGACUUCUUGUACCAGCGGCCUCUACUUACCUUCGCUCCACCGCGUUUGCAAGAUGCGGCAGACCACCUCGUCGAGGAAGCAGGCUCAUCUGCCCGAGCACAGGCAGAGGAACCUAGCUGCUGCUCGCGACAUUAACAUAAAUCACAAGCACUUCCCAAACAGCGGAAUAGCGCACGUUCCAAAGGGGUACAAGAAAUUUAGUGGCCUCGAUAACAGCGAUAGCGACGGCGCAAGCAGCAGGGAGCAAAGCAGAAGUGAGAGCUCUAACAGGGCCGCGAAAAAACCGUCUGCAGCAGAACAAUGGUUGGCGUUCCAGGACUCGCAAACGUCUGCAGAACGUCAGGCUCACAUUGAGUCAGAGGCGAACAAAUUCAUCUCGCAGAUGAACAAGUCGGCACUAAAGCAGCCCAAGGCAAAGACGAAGGAAGAAGAGCAUGAGAAAACGGUGAAGAGAGUACUCAAAGAAGAGAAGCGCAUGAUAUCCACCCGUGCAACUGCAAAAGUAUCGUACUGCUCGCAAUAAACGAAUCGCGCGUACAGUUUUUGCAACAUCAACACAGCUCUGGUUCUCCUGCCCAAUCCAGCAACGCGAAUUCCAUUUUUUUUUAUUCCUUCUGAUGAACUAAAAAAUUGCAUUUGCAAGGUAUACGUAAUUUCAUCUACUACUAGAACUAGAAGUGCGAUUACUUUUGCAAUGCAUAAUUGGACCGAUUAGCAAAUGAUCGCAUCUCGUCCUCGGACGACUCGUCGUGCGGGAGCGACAGCAACAAGGCUCUUCGACAGGGGAAAAUCUUGAAGGAGAAACUGCAAAAAUUUUCGGUAUUUUCCAAGUAUGCGCAGCAAUCCAAGAUAGUGCGCGAUAUGCGACAAAGUCCCCCCUGCGCGGCCUCGUCUUGCAGCAGUUCUAGCAAGAGCAGACGGAGGAGCCAGGGCUCCGCUGACUCCGGAAGCAGGAGGAGUUCUUGGAACAACAAGAGAAGCAAGCACGGCGGCGGUCCGGCCUCCAAGCGGUUAUCUCACGAUGGCGAUGCAGUUUGGGACGCGUACGUCGCAGCGCAGAAGAAAGGGGUUGUCGUGGAGCCCGAAAAGGACAUUGAAGACAACCUCGAGCGGGCGGAAGCGAAGGGGGCGCAGAUCCUGUCUCGGCUGGACGCGAUAAUAGACCUGCCGCUCAACAACAUCCCCUUCGAAACCUGGGAAUCGCUACAAAACGCCGUCAUUCUGAGCGACAAGAAAAGCCUGCUGCCGGAAGGGCUUUCCGCGCAGGUAAAGCUGCACCACCUACUGAAAAUCGAGGAUCUGCUGUUCCGCGUAAACAAGAAUUACCGCGGGGUGCAGCAAAAGUAUGACCGGGAAAAGGCCGAAGCGGAGAAAAAGCGGUACGAGAGGAUGCUGCUGAGGCAGCAGCGCAAGGCCCGCGAGACCGCCGAGGCCCUCGAGGAAGAACAAAUGAGCGACGGGAAAAAAAAGCAAAAGCGUCAUAAUGAGAACCAGGACGACGAGGAUGGAAUCGAUUCUUGCCGCAAAAAGUUGCAGUUCGUACCAGGAGGCCACAACUAUCCGCGCGAACAGGCCGGGGGCAGUAGUUCGUCGUCCUCGUCCGCCUCGCGGGAACAAAAUAACGCGCUUCGAUCUUCCUCUGCGACUGAGGAAAUGCAGGAGGUGGAAACCCCGUUCGGCGGUUUGAAGGUUGUUGGAUUAAGAGUCGGGGAUGAUCUUGAUUAGGGGAGAAAAAUCUUGCCAUCUCUACAAAAAUUUUGUACCACCAGAACACGCGCAAAAACAAGGUUGUUUUUUGGGGUCCCAACCUAUUUGGCGGCCCGCUUCCGGGCCCCACAGCCCCGGCAAAUUUGGCUGGCGGCUGUCGCGUUUCACAUAGUAGGAGCUUCGGCCGGAAGCCAUUGGGAAGGAGCGACCGGCGCCGCCGUGCGCUCGUCCUCCCGUGUUUCCUAGGUGCCAAAGGCGGCCAGGAAGUUGGCCCGGCUCCAGGCCCGAUGCAGCCCGGCGGGCGCAUCAGGUCCAGACCUGUUGUGGCCCAGCCGACCUGGAGGAAAGCGUCUGGCCCCGGAGCUCACACUUGCCAACAACGAGAGCCCCAGAACCCACCCCCAAAAACGACCCCCAAAAGCGACCCCCUUCCCCCCCCUAGAAACAGGCGAUUUGAAGUACCCCCAAAAACGACCCCCCCAGCCACCCCCCUUCGGGGCCGGGCAGGGCGAAAUCUGGAAGAGCUUUCUUGUUCUUUCCAGCACUCUCGCCUUGGCCACUCGUAGGCGCCAUCGCCACUGGCGAGGGGCAGAGGCCCUUAAGCCUUGCCAUGGGCUGCGCGCUCACCGCAGAGAUUCCCUGCCCUUGCACGGCCAGCACAUGUGGAGCAAGACUAAAAGACGCCCCGACAAUCGAAGCAGUCACAGACCACGGCCGCCCAUGCGGGCCCAAUCGAUUCGGGCUGGCUGUGCGCGCUCGCUGACUGCCUAAAAAAAUAAAAAGUUUAAAGCCCCAAAAAACAGCCUUUUUUUUUCGCGUGUUCUGGUGGUACAAAAUUUUUGUAGAGAUGGCAAGAUUUUUCUCCCCUAACUUGACGAUGAAGAUGAGGAACCCGAAAUUUCCCUCUCGAUGGACGAGCCGGGCGCCGCGGUGUGGCGCAACUGUCUGCUGGAGAGAUUGCCGCCAGCCGAUGUAGACACCGAUAUGGACCACGAACUGGCGGUAGGGCGGAACACAUCAAACAAGAGUCUUACCGCUGGGAAGGGUCAAGAAGACGAGGACGUCGAAAUGACCCCCGCGGAGGAUCAGGACGUCGUCACGAAGGGGGACGGCUGCGCACCACCAGGAGCCGCUCCAGGCACAACAACUACACAGGAGGGACCUCCGGAGGACUCUGGGCAAAAUAAAUCCGAACCUCCGCAGUGUAUCACCCGCGUUCAGGCGCUCUUGUGUGUGCUUGCUAACUGCCUGACACGAUCUGCAGACGAGUACCCCGGACAAGCCCGUCUGGCGGCCCGGUGCUACUUUGCCGUGUUGUCUCUGCCGCAAGCUCGGUCGUACACGAGCACCCUGUUGCGGUCCGCGAUGGUCUACCAAAUUUCGGACAACCUGCGGGAAAGGUACGGGCGGGAUUUGCAGUCGCUGCACGGCGCUGUAGAGGAUUUUCGACGCUUUCUCGCAGGGGAUUGCUUCCUCAAGCCGUGGCUGACGCAGCUACACGAAACUGAAGUUGUGAAAGGGAAGAUGAAACAAGCAGCGAGUUGUACUUCUAGAGCAGUAGAGACCGGCACCAGAAGAAUCCAAGAUUUUGCCAGCAUUGCGGCUUCCUCCCCCAGCACCGAAGAUGUGCAGUCGGAAGAAGGUCGUGGUCACUUCUCGACCAUGAAGAGCAAGCAAGCGGAAAGUGCAGCUAGUUCUGCUUCUAGUGGUGCUUCUUCUCAGAGGAUGAACAAGGAAAAUUCAAUUCAAAGCAAUAAACAUAAAGGGAGGUUAGAAAAUCUCUCGUCGGAUUGGAAUGACAAUGAGUUGCCGCAAGACGACGAGGACCACGACGCGACACGGGCUGAGCGGUUUAGUCGGCUUUUCACGGACGUUUUACCGAAGGUGCCACAGCGCGGAGCGGCGAUGCAGAUGUUAUGGUCCGGUGCCGAGUACGCGGAAUUCUUUCGUGCAAAAGCUGGCGUGAAGAAAGACAAGGACGGGAAGCAGACCGAGAAAGCGAACAAAAACAGUCGGUUGCGGGACCCUGAACACCUGAGGCGCAGAUACGAGGAAUCGAACCUGUAUGUGCUCGGGCCUCAAAAGUUCAGCAGCAUGCUCCCGCUCACGCACGCAAUUUUUCACCAGCUGCGGAAACCCUUCGUACUUUGCCGCGACGCCGCCGGCCCCUCGGUCUUGCAGGAAAUGGCGAACGCCCUCGCAGCGUGCAUCGAUCGCGGACUGAAUAUGGAGGGAGAUGAUGAGGACGACGACGAACAGGAUGUUACAGGACGGAAUCGGGAUGAAAAAGAUCCACGUCCGAGCAGCUACACAGAGAACGCGCAAGAUGACGAAGAGCAGUCUCGCGCCAGCUUCUCCCAGCAAGGUAAUGACCACAUGGAAGUCGACCUCGAUGACGAUGAGGACAGUGUGAUGAGCGGUUCCACACGCGGAGGAAAAAAAGCCGUUCGCGGCCGCACGAAGAAGGGGACGAAGAGGAACAAUGACGCAAGAACAAAUGCAGAUGAACAAGAUGAUGCCUUCACGUCGUUGUCAACGCACAAGCCACGGCCCCCGCAUGUGGUCUUUCCCUACUACGAAGACGAGCACAGCGGGUUGAUUGACAGCCUUUACGGCGUGCUGCUCGUCUUGCUGGAGAAGAUGGAGAAACGCAGCGUGCUGCUCUGCCUUGCGUCCUGCGUGUUUCAGCACCUGGCGCCCUAUCUGACGAUGACGGUGCAGAAGGAUCCUGUCGCGGAGGUGAUUUCCCAAACGCAGCUGGCGGCCCGGGACGCGGCCAUCGACUUCGUGUGUUUCCUGGUCAACAUUCUCCGCCGAGAUUUAAAGGAGGCGGAGACGUGCAGCCUGAAGAUUUACAUGGACUACGACGAGGACACGGAUCCAGAUCCGGCUCUAUUUCCCAUCCAGGACGACGACGCGAAGAAAAAGGCAGAUGACGGCGCAACACAGGAUAAGGGCGGCGCUGGUGUUGCUGAAGAGCCCGUCACGACGCUUGCUCGUCUACCUAGUGCAGCAACUUUCAAUCGUCCGAGCGGAUCAACAAAACAAGACGACCAAUCUUCCCCACGACCCCGCCGUGAAGAUGACUAUGACAUACCAGAUCACCCUCAUUUUGAUCCAGGACUCUUCCCGUAUUCUGCUUCCAAAGCGAGUGCUGAAGGCCUGAAGCUAGCGACGAAGCGGAUCAUUAAGCAGAAAGGGCAACGCCUGGACGACACCGGUGUGCCACUUGACGGCAGCCCGCCAUUGUCGGACGACGAUGAAGAUGGCCGCGAUGACGUCGACCAAGAUUUUCAUCCCGACGGGAUCAACGCUGAAAAGGACAAAGACAAAAAAAAGCAGGACCACAAACCGAAGGAGGAGAAAGCGCCGAAGCGACCGACAACGAUCAUGCAUCCGUUGCUCGGACUUUUGCAGCUGUUGUGCCUGUAUGAAAUGCAAAAGCAUCGUACUCGUAUAAAUGCAUUACAAAUUUCCUCAGCAUGAGAAAGAAAAUAAUGCGGAUUUCCCUUAAGAUCAAGAUUAAGAUUUGUAAAUGCAAGACUUGCAUUUAUACGAGUACGAUACUUUUGCACAGGAUAGCCUGGAGUGCCCCGAGAAGGAAGAGUAUCGCGACAGUCUCGGGGAAGUGGUGAUCCACUUUCUGGGGAGCAUACAGCGGCGACCGAUUUUAGAUGGGAUGGUUGAUUUUCUGAUGCAGCUCAUGCUGCAAGAAGUUGCGACCAAAAGAUACCUCGCCGGGGAGACGAUUGCCGCCCUGCUCGAGAAAGUGACCGGCAUUGUGCCGGAAGUGGAGGUGGAGCGGGUGAUGAACGAGGGGGCGGGGGACGCGGCCAACUGGGAGCAGGAAAAGGAUCUGGAUGACGAUAGUAAGGACGAUGGCUCUUCGACGCCCCGCAGUGGUACCGGGAGCUCUGGCAACGGAAGCAGCAAGGACGACGACGACGAUCUCCCCGCUCUGUCGGAGGAAGACUUGCCCCCGAUCUUGGCAUCACCCGCGGGGCCGCACAAGUCGUCGCACGCCGAUCUUGGGGUUGUCGCAAUCAUGACCCAAGACCGCCUGAGAGUGAAAAGCUUGCUUAGGCACCGGAGAAAUCUGUUCAUCAAGCACGCGUCCUCUACUUCCGUGCGGGAACUGCAGUAUACCGCGCAGAAAAGACCCAUCCUGCCGAAGUGUUUCCUGAACGACCUGAGCAAAGAGUUCGACUGGGCUCGUCUCCAAAUUGGCGAAGCCCGCGCGGCAGAAGUCAUCCGCGGUAUUAUCGACCGCGUGCAGGACAAGGUUCCCGGGGUCCGCAGCAAGGCGCUCGCGAGUCUCUCCUCCACGUUCCUCUGCCACAACGCGGCACUGCUGUGCGAUCACGUGUUGCCGAAAGAAGAAGACGAGGAUGCGCAAAAGGCAAAAGAGAGGACACAAAAGACGCUAAGUCGCAAUGCAUCUGCUGCCGGUUGUAUAGCACCUGUGAGUAGCCAAGACUUCAGCGACCAAGCACAGAAUAGGUCGCAAGAUCUGGAUGACGUGGAAAUGAUGUCCAACGAUAACGAAGGUGACCACAAGAAGGAUCAGCAAGAGGAUGAUCUAUCAGUUGGCGCGAAAAGACGGAAGCUGGAACAAGACGGCUCACAGGACGGCGUGGGCAACAAAGUUCUUGUAGGAGUCGAGGAGACAACCACCAGUACGGCGCCACACGUCGGCCCACCACCGGAACUGGAGCUGCAGUACCUGCGGGUGGCCGGCGAGCUCUUCAAUUCUUGUCUCACGGACGAGAAGCCGAUAGUCCGCAAGGCCGCCCUGAUGUUUUUCGACACCAUCUUUCCCAAGGUGCUUGAGCUCUACGGCAAGGCCGCGGUGCUGUCGGAAAAUCCCGACGACAACGAGAUGCGCGACCUGGUGCUCCAGCUCGAGGGGAGCAGAGGGAAGGUGAAAAUCGACGCCGAUAAGCAGUUUCUGGUGGCGACUCGGCCCCUCCCGUCGGCCGAGGAGGAGGAAGAGAUAAACAAGGGUGGACCGGAGCAGGAUAAAAAGAAAAAACAGAAAGAAAAUAAAGAGAAACCGAAGCCCCCGGCGAAAAAGGUGAAAAGCGUACCACCUGCUGGCAAAACGAUGUUUUCCACCAUGUUGCCGGACCCGUAUGCUCUGAAAAUUUACCAUCGCCAUCCAUUUUUUGCAGUACAAACAGAAAAAAUUACGUACCGGUAGCGGUACCUUUUUUGCAUAACGAAUUGGAUCAGGAUGGUUAAUUUUCAGGGAAUAAUCCCGACCGCAAGAUAACAAAAAAGACCGUCUGGACCAGGCAGCGACUGUAUUUGUUCGACGUGCCUUCCACCUCGUCCACCGGUGAUGUGUCUUCAAAAGCCAAGGACUUUGCCGUGGAUCCCGGUCCGGUAAGUGAUUGCAGGGACAUGGUGGUGUCUCCUGCGGGGCACGAGACACUCGCCCGCGAUCAUUCCGGAUUGCUCUUAGGCGGCGGCGUUGGUGUGCACGUGCAGAUGAACAGGUCUGGACAACAACAGGAACAUGGCAACAUGAAGAGCAGUCUCUUUGAAGAAGGUGUUUCCGAUGAAGACCAGGAUGUAAUGGACGAUAGAGUGAUGGAGCACCUGGCGCCCACGUAUCCUGAGUAAAAACGUCCCCACACCAGAGUCAAGAUGGGGAUUUUGCAACACAAACCUAGAAGUUUUGGGACUCUUGCAUCACAAGUUGCCGUCCGUAGUGUAGUGCAGGUCAGCAAGGAAAAACGCAUCACAAAUCCAUCUGCUGAUCCUGGUUACAGCAUUACAAAUGCCACAACACGAUUAGAAAUUCCUCUCAUGGUGAUGCGCAUUACAAAUGUUCCUGUCCGUGCAAAUCUGCAUGACAACUCUGGGGUGGGGACGUUUUUACAAAUGAUACCACGGCUUUGUUUCGCAUCGAGCAAAUCAAGGCUUUGACAGCCGACGACUCGGUGAUGGUUCGGAAAGCGGCGAUGCAAACCCUGAGCAUGAUGCUGCGGCAGUGCCCGCAGUCGGGCGUGAUCCGUCGGGCCUGGAAAACCGCGGUGCUGCCGUGCGUUGCCGACCCCGAGGCGAGCGUGGCGGAGAGCGCUUUGCAGGAGGUCCGGAUGACGCUGCUGCGCAAGAUCGCCAAGGUGGGCACAAGGCCGGACGACGAGAUCUACGACUUGCUGGCUGAGUUCACCGACCAAGACGUGGAGUACAUGCAGCGCGCCGCCGGGAAUUUAUUGCGUAGCGAGCAACAGCAGGGGGAGAAGCUGGCCCAGGCCUGCUGCGCCAUCCUGGUGCGGUACAACAAGCUCAGCCUCUCGGUGCCCCUCCCCAUCUUGGACUUGUACGAAGAAAUCACCUCGCGGGCCAUUCUGCAAAGCGCAAACACGAUGAACGCUUCUAGUACCGGCCGGAACAGCAGGAGACAGGCGAUGUACGAAAAGUUGCGCGCGGGGGAUUUGAUGAGCGUGGACAUGGAGAAGCUGUAUAAUGAUUUUCUGCGCCAGUACGAGAAAGACGAAAAGAAAGAGCUGGAACGAGAGAAAAGACGGGAAAAACGCGAAAAGCAGAAGGAAAAGCGUCAACUGCUACUGGCGGGGAAGCAAAUGCUUCUUCCGUGCUCGGAUGAAGAGGAGGUCUCGCCUCUCGCCGCCGGCGAAGAAGCGGACGCGGACGACGACUUUGCAGCUCCUGGGCAAAAGCGUGGUAUCAAGCCUGGAAAAACAUUAAAGGCCAACGACAACGAGCAGCGGCAGCUUGCGUUCGAAGCGGCCCCAGCGGGGGGAGACCGAGACGACAACUACGACAAGGAGAAGAAAAAAGAAUUCAAACCAGCGGUCAUCAAAGUGGAUGUCGAUUUGCUGUUUGUUCUCUGGAAUCACCUGGUGAAGAGCGAGGCGGAAUACGCGUCCGCCAUGCUGAGCCACGUCAACUCCAGGAUGCAGUCUCACAAUGGGAGCCCACGGGGUGGUUCUUCCCGGCUGCUGAAGAGCGGGUCUCUCCCCGAGCGACCGUCGCUGCCUCUUUUUGAUAAGUCGAAGGAGCCGCCAGGGGGACAACAAGAAGAAGGACACACAAUAUUAAGCAGCUUCAACUCGUCUUCGCAACAGAUCGGCUCUUCGGCCAGCACAGGAGGUGCUGGUGUUGCGCCUAUCAAAGUUCCGGAACUUGUCAUCGGCAGCAGCAGGGUCAACAUGAACAACACUUCUUCUGCAGCGGGGGCUGGUGGUGCACCUGGAGCAGCAGGUCUUACCCAGCACGACUCUUCACCAUGUUUUAGUCUCGAUGAAAGCUCGAUCGUGGCGUCCCCGGCCGAGGCAGGAUUGCUCAGUGUAGAGCCGGAAGGCCUCCUGCGGCGGAAAGGUAGUUCUUCCGAUGGCUAUUUUCCGCGAGGUGGGAGCUGGACGGGCUUGCGUACGCAACGAGACGCGCGGGUGUUGCAACGUAUGGUGCGGAUCCUGGGAAACUGUGAGCCGCUUCUGUCGGUGAAACAGAAACGGUUUCUGGUCCGCGGGUUCCGGGACCACAUCCUCGCACAGAGCGAGCGGUUCGAGAUUCCGCUCCUUCGCGACGUGAUGCAGUGCAUCGUGAAGUUUGAUCUUCGCAUUGUGCGAGCAGUGAAAUUGCGGCGGGAGAAACAGGCCGCGCGACGCGCUAAGGCUCAGCGAGAACUGGCAGGCGAUUUUGAGGGGGAUAUGCAGAACGAUGACGCGGGGGACCCGGACGAGAACGACCCUACAGAGAAAAGAAAAAACCGAGGACCCCCGAAACAAGGAUCUCGCAGCGAAAAAAUGGUGGCCUCAGGAGCAGCGGGGAAUCCGAAAAAUCGGAGCAGUAUCAAAGCGAAGAUGAAAAAAGCAGCUGCACGACCAAAAGCGCAGGCAACAAGACUUCCCGGGAACAAGAAGGCGACGGCGACGAAUAAGUCGGGGACGACGCGAAAAAGUGCUAGUAUGACUAAGUCCGCGACCACUGCACCAAAGGCAGGAAAAGGAAAUAGCGGUGCCACGCAUAAUAUUAAGCAGACAACUUCUUCGUCUGUGCAAAACAAAGAGGACGCUUCUGCUGCGGAAGAAGAAGAUGAAGUAGUAGACGUGCAAAGUUCGAAAGGUACUGUAGGCAGACGGCGCGGCAGUUUCUCGAACAGCCGCGGUGACCACAGCAAGGACGCUGAAUCGGGAAGCCCAAGCUCAGAUGAGGACCGCCCGUUUCGUAUCCUGAGUAAAAACGUACCCACACCAGAGUCAGGAUGGGGAUUUUGCAACACAAACCUAGGAGUUUUAGGAGUCACGCAUGACAAGUUUCAGUCCGUAAGGUAGUGCAAGUUAGCAAGGAAAGCCGCAUCACAAAUCGACCUUCUGAUCCUUUUUACAGCAUUACAAGUUCCCAAACACGAUUGAAAAUGCCUGUCAUGGGGUUGCGCAUCACAAAUGUUCCUGUCAUGGCAAAUCUGCAUAACAACUCUGGCAUGGGGACGUUUUUACACAGGAUAUUUCGGUUCGACUUUAAACCGCUGCGGGCAAUGUGCGUGCGUUCCAUGUUCCUGCUCUAUUUCAGCAACCCCAAGGCCGCGGCGAAAGCGAAGAGCAAGGGCAUGGUGUUAGAAAAACUGCUGGCACAGCAGGCGUACGAACCGACUGGCCUAGACGACGACGAACCGAUGGAGCUGGACUACAUCAGCGAUCCCGCGGUGCUCCACAUGAGGCAGAAGCGACACCUGUUCCUCCUGGGAGAAAUUGCAUUGUGGGACUUUGGUACUCUAUCUUUACCACAGUUGUUGUUCUGGUGAAGCAGAAGUAGACUUUGACUGCGCUUCCCUUGGAGCUGUUUCUGCGAUAAUUUCAUUUCGACGUUCGAUGCAGUGAAUGAAAAAUUUUAACUCCUGUAAAGUCGUUAGAAGGACAAAAUUUUUUCAGUUCUCAUUCUCUUCGAGUCGUGCACUAGCACUGAAUCUGAUUUCGAAAGAACGCCAGCAGGAGCCCCUGCUCGCAAUAUAAAGGCGAUGUUGACCACGACUUUGAUGCUGAAUUUUGAUUUUCCCAAUUCCAGAUGCCGUUUGGACUCCGAGCAUGGUUGAGACACUACGAGACCUGUGCGAGUUUGACCAUGAGCAGCGGGACUUGGCAUUGAAGCAGAAUAUGGAUGUGUCAGAGUUGAAAUCGACAAAGUUGAAACAAUUUGCCAUGCAUAAAAAUGGAUGCCAGUUGGAACCCAGUUUCUAAGUGGCGCAUGACAAAUUUCGGUGGUCCCUAAAUCCAGUCUGGCAUGCUGUUUAGGCAAAGAAGAGUGAUUUUCUCAUGCUACUUUAGCAGCUCGAGCUGUAACCUCAAACAGGCUUACAAUCGGCCUCACUUGCCUGCUCUGCAACACCCGUACCUCGGGUCAUGCAUUUUAUGCAUUACAAAUUAUUUCAACUUUGACGAUUUCAAACCUGACGCUCCCAUACAGAAGAAGCCGCACGUAAAACUCGAGACGGACUUCCAGGAGUCCAUUCGGGCGCACGCGUUGGUCGCCAUGGGUAAGUUGUGCCUCCGCGAAGAAAACCUCGCAAAGACGAACCUGAAGAUGUUCGCGGCCUGUUUGAAACGAAACGACGAAGUGCUAUGCGUCAGGAGCAACGCCAUGGUGAUCCUCUGCGACCUGGCCCAGUGCUACGCCACCAUCGUGGACCGGUUUCUGCCCGUGAUGACGGAUUUUCUGGGCACGGAGACCCCCUUGCUCCGCAUGAACGCGGUCAUGAUGGUGUCCUCCCUGUUGGCGGAGGAUUUUCUGAAGCUGCACCAGAACAAGAUGCUGCCCUACCGCCUCUAUCAAACGUAAAAAUGUCUGGGUCUGGAAGAAUUCGAACUUGUGAUGCGUGUUGCGGAUCAUACAAAAAUCUGUGUUGCAUGACUUGCAAAAGGUCCCACUUCUGGCCAUGUUGAGAAGGCAUUUCUCAUGCAGAAUAGGCAUCAGCAAGGUGCUGCAGAACCUGUGAUGCUAGGCCCUGCAUUCCAGACCUGGCGGAGCUUGAAAAACUGCAUGACAAAUCUCGGAAUCUUCCAGACCCAGACAUUUUUGCAUUUGAUAGCCUCAUCUUCAUGCUGGCGGACCCCGACAGGCGGAUCCGCGAGUUCGUGGAAUCCGUCUUCCUCCGGAUCCUGCAUCCCCGCAACGAGAAUGUGUUCCUCUUACACUUCCGCGAGGUGAUCUGCGGGCUGAACCAGUUCAACGAAAUUCCGGCUAUCGCCACGCACUCGCAGGCCCACUACCGCUUCGAUGUCCGGAAACGCUUCCGGAUCUACUACUUCCUCCUCAAGUACAUGGACGGCUCCCAGAAAUUACUUCUCGUCAUGGGCAUUGUAUUUAUUUUUUCAAUUAUGCGACGGCGCGAUUUUGCUUUUGGUUGUUGAAUGCUGGGUUUUGACCUUUAGGUAGCUGUAUGAUGUCUAAAAUAUUUAUAAUUAUUCAGUUCACGUUAGUAUUAUCAACUUCAAUAUACUCCAGUUCUUGUCUUACUUGAUCCUCCUGAGUAAAAUGAAACUUGAUGUUUCUGUACUAGUACUUCUUAACGUUUGCACAUAGAUUAGAAUUAAAAAUCAAUGAACGCUUCAGGUUCAGCAGAUCUUGAAUGCCUGGUGGGUUGGCCCGGCAGGGGCGGAUGGCCCCCUGAAGAUCCCCGCGAACUUAGGAAGCACUGGUGCGGGAAACCCCGCCACGGGAGUGCUGUUUGACUGCUUUCAGCUGCUCCGCUCCAAAGAAUUGCGCAGUGUGUACUCCUACAGGCAGCAACUUACCGAGUGGAAAGAGGCGGGCGAUGACCAGAAGAUGCAGCCAAGGCCCCGCAACAAUGUUCCCAACCUGGUGGCCGCGGGCGGCGGAAACAACAAGAAGAGCAGACAAAAAGCAGAAAGGAUCAACAACCAGGUUGCCGCAGAGCAGGCACUGCUUAUGAAUUGCAAAAGUAUAGAUCCCCGUACUAGAACUAGUAGUAAGCGCAUUACGAAUUCUUGCUCGAGAAAUUUAGGAGAUUUGUAGUAUAAUGCAUGACUGCAAAUGCAAUUUUGAGUACGAGUACGAUACUUUUGCACUGGAUGCUGUUCGAGGAGCAGCAGUUUUCGGACGAGGCUCAGCUGCUCCUUUUCAACUCCACGGCCCAAGCCCUGCUCCGCAUGCUCCAAGACCAGUGGGUGCCGAUUCUGAAGGGCCUCUGGGCGCGCAUGCGGCAGGUCCGGAGCAGUUUGCAGAAGCAAGUGCAGGAGUGCCUGGUGGAUAUGCUCUACGAGUACAUAGACGAGCCGGAUUGGGAGCGCCGUUGGCGCGGUAAGAACGAAGGCCUCGUCGUCGAGAUAAAGCGGGACAUUGAGGCGGAGAAGAAGAAGCGCGACCCCAAAAACCCCAUCAAGUGGAAACCCCCCUCCCUCGCCGACAUCGUGGGGGACCACGUGUACGACACCGAAGAGGGGCGCGCGGCCCAGGUGUCCACGACGGCGUCGAACAACACGCAUAGUAACUACGACCCCAUCCGUAUCCUGAGUAAAAACGUACCCACACCAUAGUUGUCAUGCAAAUCUGCAUGCUUAAAAUGUUUGUCAUGCGGAGCCCCAUGAGAAGCAUUUUCUAAGGGUGUUUUGAAAUUUGUCAUGCUCCAAUCAGCAUGAGAGACUAGAUCUGUAACGCUGCUGAACUAGCUCAAACAGCACUAGUACUCUACGCGUCCAAAUUUGUCAUGCGAAACAAGCAAAGUUGGCCGAUUUGUCUAGCAGAUUUUCCAUCUUGACUCUGGUGUGGGUACGUUUUUACUCAGGAUAAUCCGCCGGCCGAGGCCAGGCAUGAGCGACGCCAUGCACUUCUGCCAACUUCUGUACCCCGAUGGAACCGCCUAUGGAAGUGUCAGAAUCGAAAUUGACAAAAUCGAAAAAUUUGUGAUGCGCAAAAUCGAUACCAGUUGAACCCUCAGCUUCUAAGUGGCGCAUGACAAAUUUCGGGAGCACCAAUAUCCAGUUUGUCAUGCUGUUUGCGCAAAGAAUACUGCUCCUGUCAUGCUACUCUGGGAGCGCAUCGUCCUCCUCAAACAGGCUUGCAGUCGGUCUCAUUUGCCUGCUCCCCAACACAGGCCACGCGUGCUCUACAUUUUAUGCAUUACAAGUUUUUCGAUUUUGUCGAUUUCGAUUCUGACACUUCCAUACCGCCGACCUCUUCCAGUCGCUCGGCCUGGCGGGAAAGUUCGGCAAGACCCCGAUGGAGCAAGUGCGGAAUUUGGAAAUAAAGCUAGGACUAAAAGUGGAUUGGGACAAGUUCGCCAUGAAUGUUUCUGGCAGAAAGAACCUCAAAACCAUGAAAAGCCAAAGAACUGCUGAUCGUAGUAAUUCUGCCGGCCGUGCUAGUAGUGGGGCGCUGGGUGGGGCCCAGAUAGUAGUAAAUGGAAAAGGCAAAGGGAAAAAUGGAGGGAAAGAUAGCACCGGCUUAUUAAAUAAUAACUUUGCCCCCCGCGGCCCGGGAUGGUCAUCGUCGUACAGCAACCAGCACGGCCCUGCUAGUCGCGCCGCCGGUUCGAAGACGGUCCCGGCGCUGCUUGCGAUCGCUGAAGAGGGUGCAGCUGACCACGACCAGCAUGGUGAGCUGCAACUGCAGGAAGACGGGCAAAAAUGCUUUCCGUUUUCUGUCGGCCAGAAUGAAAAUCAAAGAAGCGAUCCCCGACAUCAGAACAAAACGACUAAAAGAUUCAAUAAACCAGGAGUGAUGAAGAAUAUGAUGUUGCGAGAGAACAGUGCACCUUUAGGCACGGGAGGAGCUCCUCCUGCAGCAAGUACAACCGGGGGAACAACAAGUUGGGCUGCCGGGGCCGCGAGCGGAAAGAUCUUAUCGGAAAAACACCCAACGAGGACCCUGCUAGCAAUAGAAGGUGGACCGGGAACUUCUUCUACUAUCGAUGUAGAGAAUAGGAAUAGUGUCCUCAACCAGAAGCCGCGACCGCGAGAUCAUCCGAAACCUGGUUGUAGUGAAAAUAGAAAUGGUCCGUCGCCUUCCUCCCAGCCGUCUCGGGGCCCCCUCGGUAUCCGCAAGCAGGAUGUGAGAACCAUUUUUGCUCGGCCUGCGAUGAAACUUAGCCGAGUCUCGCCGCUGUCAGCGGAAAAUCUUUCUAAGCUUCCGAGGAACAAAGAGAACCACUGGCAGACGCAGAUAGAGCUCAGAAAGCCAGAGACGGGUCGUGAUCCUCAUCUACCAACCUUGUUGCAGCAUCGGGACGAGAACGUCGAGCUACAAGCAGCUACAGCUCCAGCGGUUGAUGCCCCUCCUCCUGCUAAGCGUGUAGUUGCAGGUCGUCCUUACAUCAACUCUGUCGAGGAACAAACAGAAACUUCGAACGAGUUAUCUAGUAGGCCCGCGCCCCCGCCUGGGCAAAGUAAGACAAGUAGUCUGUCUGGGACUCGUUCUGCUCAUGCUGAGAAUGUGAGCACCACCGCGGAGGGCGGUGCCAAAGAGACCGCAUCAAAACGGGCACCGAGUUUGACGAGAGACUCCUGA